AACUACUUCCUGUUCAUGUGUGUUGAUGUCGAGAACCACGUAUAGCGGGACAUUUUGCGGUAAUUUUCAGUCACCAUGAGUGUGGAAGUAUUAUAUUUAUUCUUAUUUUUUGCUGUUUGUUUAGUGUGCUCAUCGAAUGCAGACUGUACUGUCGAAACUACGAAAGAACAAAAAUAUAUCUCGAUGUUGGACCCGAUCAAAGGCUCUAUAUUUAAAAUAACAGACGAGUCAGCAAACUAUACGUAUGAUAUAAGUAUAUGCGCACCGCUAAAAGAUGUUGGUGAUAGCGAUGUUGGAUGUUAUCAAAGUAAUCCCCAAAAAACAAAUGGCAAGAUAGUUGGUAGAAUAACAAAAACAGAUAUAAAGACAGGAACUGACUGGAUAUUACUAACAUACAAAGGUGGAGAUGAAUAUGGUACUCAUUGUACAAAUGAAAACAGAAGAGCUGUGAUAAUGAUAGUCUGUGAUCCUGACAUCCUAGAGGGGCCAGCAACUAUCAUAGCAGAAAAUGCAGAUAAAGAUUCUGAAUGUUAUUAUUUAUUUGAAAUAAGCAGUUCAGUAGCAUGUACCAGUGGCCUCAGUGAAAGUAGCAGUAGUAGCAGUGGUGGUGGUGGUAUUAGUGUAGGAUCCAUUAUAUCUAUCAUAUUUUUUACUUUGGUUGGUCUGUAUAUAAUUGUAGGAUUUCUGUACCAACGUUUAGUGGUUGGUGCCAAGGGUAUGGAACAGAUACCUAAUCUGUCGUUUUGGAGAGAACUAGGAAACCUUAUUGCUGAUGGAACUGACUUCCUGUUUAGAACUAAAACUCCAUCAGAGCCCAGAACCUACAAGGGGAUCGGUGAUGACCAGUUAGAAAACAUGGAUGAUGACGAUGAUAGGGAUGACCAUCUCUUACCAAUGUAUUGACUGUGACCAACGAAUGGAAAAGUUCAAGUUAUUUCCACCAGUAUUGUAAAGUCCAUCAAUUGAUUUUAUCAUGCUGACUUUAGUUGACGGAAAUUUCAUUUCAUUAUUUCCCCGUGUUGUCAGAGUUUUGAACCAUUUGCAUAUUGUGUGCGCAAAAUAUGGAGAUGUCUUGCUUUGGAAUGUCAGACUUAGUGAUGCACACGUUUCAUUUUAUCAUUACAUGUAUGGGG